AAAACUUUUUAAUCAAUACAUAAAUAAUGUUUUGUUUUUAUUGAAUAUAAAGACAACAAAAAGGCAUUGAAUUGAUCCCAAUAUUGACCACAAAUCCAUACUUCAGGACAAAUGCCGCCCAAAAAGGCCACUAAAGACACUAAAAAGGACACCAAAGGGGAGGCGAAAGACGGGGCCAAAGGUGGCAAAGAGGAGAAGAAGGGCGGAACAGCUAUAAAGGUUCGCCACAUAUUAUGCGAGAAGCAGUCGAAAGCGUUGGAAGCGUUGGAGAAGAUAAGGGCCGGCAAUAAGUUCAAUGAAGUCGCCCAACAGUACAGCGAAGACAAGGCCCGCAACGGCGGCGACUUGGGUUGGAUGACCAGAGGCUCAAUGGUUGGCCCCUUCCAAGAGGCGGCGUUUGCAUUGCAAAUAUCGACCAUUGGUUCGCCGAUCGUAACGGAUCCACCCGUGAAGACCAAACACGGCUAUCAUAUCAUUAUGGUUGAGGGCAAGAAGUGAUCUGUGAUGAUAUCGUGGUUGUUUUUAUCGUAUUAACCAAUCAUUUAUGUUUUUGAUUUAAUUAUUAAUAAAGUUUUUUCAAUUA